GGAGGGUGGGCGUUCGCACUGGUCGACUACUUCCUCAAGCGGUUCUUCCGCGUGUAUCCGUUCUUCGGGUUGGUCGCGGUCUUGCUGCGGCUUCUUCCGUUCGAGUACCAGAGGCGCUUCUUCCUGGUCGAGACCGCAGAGAAGUACGAUCUGUACAAAGUCCUGACGUUCGACUUCGACCACCGCUACCUCAUGCUGUGGACGCUGCCGCUGGAGAUCGCGUACUACUUCUUCAUCCCCGUGUUCGUGGUGGGGAUGGCUCGACUGCGGGGCUACUGGUGGGUGGCCUGCAUCCCGUUGCAGGCGUGGGUAGUACACGACGGAUUCUACGUCUUCCGAUCGCACCACAUUCUACUCCGUCCGCACUUCACGACGUUCCUUCAAGGCUCACUCGCUGCUGUCGUCUUCGUCAAGUUCAACGCGUGGCGCAAAGCUUCCGGGUUUGAGUUCCGUCCCUGGCACGUGGUGGGCGUUCGGGCUGCAGAGUACGCGAUAAUCAUCCUGCUCAUCGGCGAGUGCUUCCGCUGCCUACUCUGCGAAUGGGUGCACCAGUUCGUGCCUGUUUCCCCUGGCGACCCGUUCAUCAGCACGCUGUUGGCUUCAGUCAUCGUGAUUGAGAUGGUUCUGCCGUCGACUGUGUCCACGACGCUCGAGUGGAACGUUCUGCGCCACUGGGGCAAGAUCAGCUUCUCGGUUUACUUGCUCCACCCGUUCGUCAUUUUCUCCGAGAGGAUCAGCAAGAAGGCCAACUACUUCGACCGGUUUUUCGAGCGGGUCCUUCUCCUGCUGGUGGUCGCCACGGCGUCGUUCUACUUGGUGGAGUUGCCGCUACAGAAGGCGGUGCACAAGCUUUCUCGAGCACUGACACAGCUGGAGACCAAGGACUUUGGAGCGCUGGUACACGCAGUGACGCUAAAGGCAAAGAAGCAGAAAUCCCAGCGGCCGUUCAUCGCGUAG